GUAUAAAACCAUCAAAUGUAUAGAUUUAGUAAAAAGUUAAUUGCUUAAUUUUGUGAUGUCUAUGUAGCUACAAGCAAGCGCCAUAGUGGGGAAACCCGAGCGACGACCAAACGUCGGACUUCCACCCGCUCUGUCUACCAGAGUACAGCUGCCCGCCAGGGCACCACUCAGACAGAGGUGCAGGUUUCUAUGAUGCCAGAUCUUUCAGAAAACCUGUCAAAUGAGGAAAGGACUUGGGAAGAAAUGAUGCUUAUCAAAGCCAUGCCUGUCAGUAUGUCACAGAAAAAGGAGUUAAAAGCCAAACUUCAGAGUGCCGAUACUUUCCGUCUCCAAGGACUAAAGCAGUUCAAAUGGCAGAGGAGGAAAAUGUGGGAACAGUUUAAAAUCAAAUGGAAAGAGAACUACUCCAAACUAGAACUUUGGAAGUAUAGUUUGAAAAAGAUAGAAGGUAAUUUCGGAACUGGAGUUGUGGCAUUUUUCCUGUUUGUAAAGUGGUUGAUGUUUUUGAAUUUAACGAUAACAUUGAUGAUAAUGAGUUUUAUCUUCUUACCUGCGAUUGUGAUGGAAGUGCCAGAACUGGGCCCUUGUUUGCCGGGCAAUGUGACUACUAUAGUGGAGUGCUGUGCGGAGGAGUACAUCAAGAACAGAAGUAUCAGCAUCGCCUCCCUUCUGGAUUUUGUACAGGGAACAGGAUGGAUGGAGAACACUUACCUGUUUUUCGGGAUGUAUCCAAGCAUGGUAUUCAGAGGUAGUUUUCAGUACAAUCUAGCUCUCGCUUACAUUUCUACAGCGGUUGGCUAUUUUUUGUUGAGUUUUGUAGCAAUUUUAAAGAGUGCCGCGCACGGGUUUAAGGAACGUCUGAUUGAAGGAGAAGGACAAUUCUACCACUAUUGCAAUAUGGUGUUUGCCGGCUGGGAUUUCUGUAUUCACAAUCAGCAGUCGGCAAGUAUCAAACACAAGGCCCUGUAUCAUGAAAUCAAAGCUUCAUUGGAAGCAGAACGGCGUGAGGAAGAAAAACGUAACAGAUCCAAAGAAGAACGAAUAAAACUAGUCAUGGUCCGUACUGUAGUGAACCUAACAGUAUUGUUGAUAUUAAUUUUAGCAGGGAUAGUUAUAUAUGUCACGUUUCAAAUAUCAGCAAACACUCAAAGGACCGGAGGCAUUCAGACAUUUAUUGUGGAAUUUGCUCCCUCAAUGUGCAUUGUAAGUUUGAACUUAGUCGUGCCGGUCGUCUUCAACUAUCUUGUCACAUUUGAACAUUACAGUCCAAUAUUUGUCAUCAGGUUUACCUUAUUCCGUACCAUCCUGCUGCGACUCUCAUCGUUGAGUGUGUUGUUCGCUUCAAUCCAUGUACUCAUCAAGUGUAAAGUUCAGCAGGACGAGUGUGUGAGCCCGGAGUGUCAAACCCCUCCUUGUUGGGAAUCCUAUGUUGGCCAGCAGCUGUACAAACUCUUGAUCCUCGAUCAUUUCUCCAACAUAAUGGUGACACUCUUUGUCAAUUUUCCGAGGAUGCUAAUCGGCAAACACAUAAGGUGCCGUCUGGCUCGUUGGUUGGGGAAUCAAGAAUUUGAUUUGCCUAAACACGUCUUGGAUGUCGUCUAUUGCCAAACUCUUUGCUGGUUCGGUAGUUUUUACGCUCCUCUGUUGCCUGCGAUUGCUACUGUACUUUUCUUGAGCACUUUUUACAUCAAAAAGUUUGCGUGCCUAGUAAAUUGCUCCCCGUCUACUACCAUCUAUCGGGCAUCUCGCUCCAACUCUAUGUUCAUGUCAGUCCUUCUCAUUUCAUUCACUGUUGCUGUCAUACCUUGGGCGUACACAGUUGCAGAAACCACGCCUUCAAAAUCUUGUGGGCCAUUUAAGGGGAUGGCAACGGUUUGGUCAGUAAUGGAACACACCUUCAGCAACCUUCCAGGCUGGAUCCGCAGUCUGGCAGACUUCUGCACGACUGCAGGUUUCGCCAUUCCUGCAUUUGUAAUUCUGACUCUCUGCUUGUACUACUACUAUGCGGUCGCAGCAGCUAACAAACACAUGGUGGUUGUACUGAAAAAACAGCUGGUACUAGAAGGCCAUGACAAACAAUUUCUCUUGAACAGAUUAAGCGCUUUCAUAAAACAGCAGCAAGAACGUCACAAAGCAGUGCGUUCUAUAGAGCCGACCAAUUGAGUGCCAAUUUAAUGUAAAUGUAUUAAAGUGUCCAUUAUUAACUCUUUUUUUUAAUUUAGUAAAAGCUGUAUUGUAUUUUGCUUGGAUAGUGUGACAUAAGCAGAGCUCAAAGAAGGCCAAAGACACAAUGAUAUGGAUAGUUAGCCAGUUUUCUAAUGUGAUAUACAUUUUAUAUCGUGUGUUGUUAGUCAUUUAAUGAUCAUUGUAAAAUACUCUAUAGAUUUUGAUAUUUACAGAGGAUUUUUAUUUUACUUAUGUAUAAACGCACACUGCCAAAGAAAAUUUCAAAAAUGUGAAUUUCAUUUGGAUCACAUAACCAUUUACCUUAUAUUAUUAAGUGGACUUUAUCUCUUUAAUAUAUGUAUGAUUAGUAAAUAUAACUUAGUGCUUUUUAUUACUAUCUCAAAACAGUAAAGAACUUGUUAGUUUUAGGUGUGAUAAAGUAUCGGCUUAGAACAUUAACAUUAUAUAGUGUACAGACUAAUAGAGCUUUAAUUAUAUGUCUUAAUUUUUCUAUUUCUAUCUGACAAGUUUGUGAGUGUGAUGUUUGUAAGUUAUUCUUUCCUAUCCUGAUUUAAUUUGCAGCUACAUUAGUAUUAUUGUUAGAUUUAAUUGUUCAAUUUACCUUCAUAUCCAUGAACCUUAGGUCUAUAUUAAAAAUAUUGUUUGUACCAGCAUUGUAUAUUUUUACAGAUUUUAUGGAAUUCAUAAUCAAAUCAAGGCAGGUGCCCUACUUUAAAUUUAUCAAAUGGUAAAUUGUAAUUAUGACAAGUUUAGUUGUAACAUAAAAAGGACUUUGAAGUCAGA